AUGAACACGAGGGCGUGUGGUGUUGGGGGAAGGCAGAUGGUGCGGGGGGAGGAAGGUCGGUGCUGUGUGUGGGGGAAGGUAGGUGGUGCGGGGGGAGGAAGGUCGGUGCUGUGCGUGGGGGAAGGCAGGUGGUGCGGGGGGAGGAAGGUCGGUGCUGUGCGUGGGGGAAGGCAGGUGGUGCGGGGGGAGGAAGGUCGGUGCUGUGUGUGGGGGAAGGCAGGUGGUGCGGGGGGAGGAAGGUCGGUGCUGUGUGUGGGGGAAGGCAGGUGGUGCGGGGGGAGGAAGGUCGGUGCUGUGCGUGGGGGAAGGCAGGUGGUGCGGGGGGAGGAAGGUCGGUGCUAUGCGUGGGGGAAGGCAGGUGGUGCGGGGGGAGGAAGGUCGGUGCUGUGCGUGGGGGAAGGGAGGUGGUGUGGGGGGAGGAAGGUCGGUGCUGUGCGUGGGGGAAGGCAGGUGGUGCGGGGGGAGGAAGGUCGGUGCUGUUUGUGGGGGAAGGCAGGUGGUGCGGGGGGGGGGGAAGGUCGGUGCUGUGUGUGGGGGAAGGCAGGUGGUGUGGGGAGAGGAAGGUGGGUGGUGUAUGUAGGGGGGAAGGCGUGUGGUGCGUGGUGGGAAAGCCGGGCGUCGGGGGGAAACGAGAGCGACGGCAACGCGGGGAAUCGCGGCGGCGGGAGUCACGGGCGGCCCGCGUCGCAGCCCGUCACACCGUCAGCGCCAUGUGUGCAUCUCCCAGCGGCGGCUUCCCUCUCCACCAGCGCAAGCGCGCCGGAUCCCGCGGCGGGCGGCGCAAGCCCGAGUUCGUCGAGCCGCGCGGUCCCGCAGAUGCCGGCGUUCGACCACGUGCCGGCGCCGUACACGGGGCCGCGCGCGGAGGAGGUGCUGAAGAAGCGACGCCAGUUCCUCAACCCGACCAUUUUCGCCUACUACAAGAAACCGCUACACGUGGUGGAGGGGCGCAUGCAGUACCUGUACGACGAGGACGGGCGGCGGUAUUUGGAUGCAUUCGCGGGCAUAGUGACGGUGUCGGUGGGGCACUGCCACCCGGCGUUCGUGGCGGCGGUGGCGCGGCAGAACGCGCUGCUGCAGCACACGACGAGCAUCUACCUCAACCACCAGAUCGCCGAAUACGCGGAGGAGCUCGCUGCCAAGAUGCCCAGCGACCUCAAGAAUGUGUACUUUGUGAAUUCAGGCUCAGAGGCGAACGACAUGGCACUCACCAUGGCGCGGCUGUACACGGGCAACUACGACGUGGUUGCUCUGCGCAACGCGUACCACGGCAUGUCCCCUGCUACCAUGGGGCUCACCGCCCACAGCACGUGGAAGUUCAACGUUCCUCAGGGCUUUGGCAUUCACCACGCACUCAACCCCGACCCUUACAGGGGCGUAUUUGGUGCUGACGCUGCAAAGUACGCUGCUGACGUGGACGACCUUAUCCGCUCGUCCACAUCAGGCCGCGUGGCCGGCUUCAUCGCCGAGACCAUCCAGGGGGUGGGCGGCACAGUGCCUCUGACACGUGGCUACCUGCCAUUGGUGUACGAGUCGAUCCGGGCGGCGGGGGGCGUGUGCAUAGCGGACGAGGUGCAGACGGGGUUUGGGCGCACGGGGUCGCACUACUGGGGGUUCGAGACACAGGGGGUCACUCCCGACAUUGUUACUAUGGCCAAGGGCAUAGGCAACGGGUUACCCCUGGCAGCGGUGGUAACCACACCGGAGAUCGCAGCAGUGAUGGCGCAGCGGCUGCACUUCAACACAUUCGGAGGGAACCCCGUGAGCUGUGCUGGCGGGCGGGCAGUGCUGCAGAUUAUCGAGGACGAGGGGCUGCAGGGGAACUGCGCUCAUGUGGGGGGAUACCUGCUGGGGAAACUUCAAGCACUUAAGGGGAAACACGAGGUGAUUGGCGACGUGAGAGGUGCGGGGCUGAUGCUGGGGGUGGAGCUGGUCACAGACCGGGCGGCCAAGACCCCCGCCAAGGCCGAGACACUUCAGUCCUUCGAGCGGCUUAAAGAUCUGGGCGUGCUAGUGGGCAAGGGAGGGCACUACGGGAAUGUGUUCCGCAUCAAGCCACCCAUGUGCUUCACCACGGCCGAUGCUGGUACGCACCUCAUGCAAACCAUGCACCUGAUGGGAGGAGGGUAUGAUGGCAGGGGGUGA